CGAGUCUGUUGCUUAGCUGUGACGGUGCGCGCUAGCCAGUGAGUGCGAGUGUGUACGGCGAUGACAGUUUGCAAACAAGCGUGCGUGCCAGUGUGGAGCUGACGGGCGAUGCACAUAGACGAGGCGGGUGUGGAGCCGUGCAACCAGAGCGACUGGUGGGCGGGCGCGCCGGAGGAGGACGCGCUGUCGCUGCCGCUGGACGGCGACGGCGACGCGGCGGCCCUGUGGUCGGGCGCCUUCGUCCCGCCGCCGCCGCGGCCGCACUUCCUCGACGACUCUGCGGCGCCCGACGGGCUCACCACGUGCGACCUGUGCGCCUGGGCGUGGCGCGCGCGGACUCCCGUCUUCCCCGCCGACGAACCACCAGAUAACGAGACGAAGCUAGGAUGGUUACUCACUCUCGCUAUCGUAUCGAUAGUAUCAGCAGCUGUUGGUGCCGUCGUUAUGGUCACCGUUCUGCAUUGUCGCAACAGACUGAAGAACCUGAGGUUUGGAGGCGUGUGCUCCUCCAGGUCGAGCCAAAGAGCGCGGGCGCCUGCGCCGGCAGCGCCAGCGGCGGCGGGCGCUGAGCUAGCGACGCGGCCGUCGCCGGGGAAAGUGGCGCCUUGCGAGCGCGAGCGCGCCUGCCGCGAGAACCACUACACGCUGCACGAGGACGCCGUGUACGCGGAGCUUGACCGCGACUCGACCGCCUUCCACAACGGCGCCUACACCAGCUCCGACACCGAGCCCAGCAGCGCCUACUACUCGGACCUGUCGGCGGCCGACCGCGACCGCCCGUACGAGGCUGUCGCCUGGGAAGGCCAGCCCAGCAGGCCUGCUCUCUCGGCCAUCACCGAGACCCUCACCGUGCCUUCAGACUACGUCUAGACCACAGCUGCCGAUUCUCUUGCAACGUUAGAGAUGAGGAGAGCUUCAAGACAACGGAUGAAGCUCUUCUAGUAUCAACGAGGACUGGCGGGGUUGCCCUGGAGCUUACAUCACUACAGACAACUCUUGUCAUGCCGCAGUGUUUUUUUUUUUUUUUUUUUUUUUUCAGAUGAAUAAUGCUAUUUCACAGUGUUGUGUUCACAGUGGCUCAAGAACCACAUUUGAAACAUUUUGAUUGAAACCUCUAGGACAUCAUCAUCAGUCUUUCACACCUCUGAUCAUCAGGAUAUCUGGCAACUUAGCUGGAUGGCGUCCUCUGCUUUUAGUGCGCUUCCUUUCCACCUCUACAGAACCACCAUUCUCACUCACUUGUUCUUCCAUAAAAAUUAAAGUGACUACAAUCACGAUGACGUAGGUGCACAGUGUGAACUGCUGGCACUGUCCUCCUGUACUCAAGGAAUCACUGGACUGUGAUAUGGAGGGACAUGUAUCCAGGUCCAUUGCUUUGAAGUAUGACAUACAAAUGAGUGCUAUGGAGUUAUUAUAAAACCCUAUAAAAUCACCUCUUUGAGCAAAGUUCUCUCUACUGUUUCCUCCAACCAUACCCCAUAUUAAAGAUUUAGGAUUUCCUGUGCUUAUACAGUUUGCCUCUGGACGUGGGACCACCUAGUUUCUGGUCAUCCUCUGCAACACUGUGUAUUUCCCAUAAGCAUUUUGCAAGUGAUACUUUUUAAAGAUGAAUCUCAGUAACAGUAUUUGUGAAGAAUGAAUUUUUCUCUCUGUAGCAGAGUGUGCAUCAGUAUGAAUCUUCACAGCAGAUAAAAGUUGUGUGCUAGAUCUGGACUUGAACUCAGGUUUGAGUCCCAGUUUGGCAUACAGUUUUAAUCUGGCAGGAAGUUUCAAUGUGUCUGCCAAAUGCAUCUACUAUAAGUAUACAGAUUUGUUUUUCUGACUUGUUUAGGGAAGAAAUAGUGUGCUCUAAAUAGCAUAAUCCUCAAUAGUGCCACACGAUAAAUAUGAAUAACUGAUUAAAUUGGUACCAACCACAUACAGGAUGCAUGAGUCACAGACAGGAGCAAUUAAAAGAAUACUAGAAAUAUUUAAGCUUUCGAACAAAGUCCUUCCUCAGAAGUAGAACCCUCACACAUUCACACAACUUUGUUGUUGUGGGAGAUCUAUUUCUGAGGGACGACUUUGUAUGAAGGCUUAAAUAGUUCUAUUGUUCUUUCCACUGUACCUGUGUGUGACUCAACACCUCCUCUACGUGGUGAGUAGCAAUCUACCCUUAGUCUGUUGUUGUUAUUCCAUUUUAGACUUUCCAUUGUUUGGAUAACUGAUUAAAUGUAUUUAUCUGGCAUACUCUCACAGUUUUACACAGAAACAAUAUUUCAAAUAGGAAAUUGUAUAUUUCAGUCACAUUUUAAUUUUAUACAGAAACUGUCAAUUUUGAAUCAUUCAGAAUUUCUUCAGCUCCCUUUCCCCAACAUAGGGCACAAACAGACACAGAUUUAAAUACAAGAGAACUUAAAUAAAUGCUGACAGAAUAAGAUACCAAACCAAUUUGUUCAACUUACAUGAAGAAUCUAUGGAUGAAUUUAAUCACAUAAUAUUACAAACGUAAAAUAAUUAUUCAGUCAGACACAAACAGGGAAAAAAUUAUAAAUGUAUGCUAAAAAGCAAUCUUCCCUGUCAAUUAUGUAACUAGAGACUGGAAGUGGCUUCAGAUGUUCAUAAUAGAAGUAAGAGGCACAUGCUGCUUAUAUCAUACAUGUCUAAUCCAAUACACAUUGCAAAAAGCUACUGUUCUUAAUAUGUCUGUUUUUACAUCUGGUCACAAAUAGACCAGCAUAACAACAACAAAAAAUCAACAAUAAUUUGAUGGUUUUUGAAGAUGCAUAUGCUGCACAAGACAUUCGCCUUCAACUUUAAUUUGUAGAAGAGAUCUGACAAUUUUUUUCUGUCCUAGCAAGACUGAGAAAUAUGUUCUGAAUUGGACUGUAAAUAUGUAUAAUUACUUCUCUUUGUGACUUAUGUAAACUGUUUUUUUUAAAUAAAUGUAAAUAUUUUUAAAAUUAUUACAUGCAGAUAUAAGAAUAAUAUUUCAUUCAAUUACUUUACCAAAAUUAUGUAGUGAACAAAGUGUGGUUACACUAAUUUUUGUACUUAUCCACUAAAGGAGGA